AUGUUCGAAGAAACAUCGUCUAAUCGGUAUUGCUAUGUAAUAAUACAAAACGCGACCUACAAUGAAUCCUUCACCUGUCCGUAUCCUGGAUUGUACUACGAUAUUGAGAUACUGAAAAAGCUCAACAUCACAACGUAUUUGCCGGCACGAAGGGAGGCGAGAAAUCAGCCUUUUCUUUGGAAGACCGCCUCUGACUAUGGAAAGAGUGUCUACGACGAUGUGUAUAUCGAAAUGCCGCUAUUGGAAGGAAACUGCUUGGUUUAUUUACCAAGCAACAACAUUGUUCCUUACGAUUGCAACACCAACCUAAAUAUGCUUUGUUUGUAUCGUAGAGUUUUCAUAGUUGAAGAUACGAGUGUUUUUGGGAAAAACAUGGUGUGCCUAUUUCCAUAUCAAGUUUGCUAUUACUUGGAAAUAAACGAGGUGGCAACCAACAGGUCCAAUUUUUGCAGUUAUAAUUUAGCCAACUUCAUCGAGUAUUACCAAGGGGUUCAUUAUUUGAAAGAACUGGAUAGACAUUGUUGGAUCGGAUUGGUUUCUGACGGAUACGCCAACUUAUACUGGGAACCCGAUAAACAAUUGAGGUACUUAGAUCUCAUGCCAACUGGAGAAAUCCAAAAUGAUUCUUACGGAUACACAACCGAUUCUAAUUGGUAUUUGACAGACAACAUAACCGAACUGGACUGCGCCAUUUGUGAAGUCAACACUACGCAAUAUCCUGCCGCUUCGAUUCAAUUGAAUUUGAAUACAACUUCACGUUGCAUUACGUUUGACAUAUCCAACAUUAAUCAUUUUCCGGACAAAACCAUUAUAUGCUACUUGUCAACUCAAAUUACCACUUUUUUCAAUACAUACAUUGUCACGGAAAAAAGUUCCCAAAUUUGCGUCAACGAAACGAUCGCAAAGUAUUUCUACUGCAAGGGUUUCGAUAUUUUUUCUCAAAAAAUUAUAGCAAGCAAUCAAUUGGAAGUGCGUCAAACUAACGUUCAAAAAAACGAUUUAGUGAUGUACAUUAAACCCAUUAACAAAGCCACUCCUUUUGAUUGGGAUAUGCUAACUGAAAUCACAGACGAAGUAAAGCAAAUAUGCGAUAAAAAGUGUGUAUCUACCCCAUCAAAAAUUUUGGUGUACACUGAGACGCAAUGGUGUAUAUUGCUAUAUAUCGACUAUCAAGACGCAAAUGAUACCGUAUGGUUUAAAGACUUGGCUGGAAAGACUAAGGAUAACUUUUACAUACAGGAGUUAAGGAAUAUGAAGUUUUGCGCGAAAGAUAUCAUUAAUGUAAACAGUGUUAACUUGACGUGGAAUAAAACGGAGGUCGGCAAAAGCAUAGUACCUUUAGAAUGUUGCGGAACGCCUGUGACUAGAACUUGUCUAAAUGACAAGGACGAAGGGGCAUAUUGGUCGAAUAUAAGUGGAGAAUAUACACCAUGUUCUUUGGAAGUAAAAUACGUUUACGACCUGAUAAACAUCACUGAUACAACAUCCGAUGUGGUCAUAGAGAAGUUGAGUAAUUUUUCGGAAACGUUUAAAACUAAAUUAAGCAACAUGCAAACGCACUACACCGCUUUGAUAAUGACGAAUUAUGUGGAUUCUAAAAACGUGAAUAUGACGGAUUUAACAGUUGAAAACUAUUUAAAUAUAAUCGAUAACGUUAUGUCAGGGGAUAGGAAUGUUCUUAAUCAGUCUCAGUACAAGAUGAACUCGACAGAUAUUUUUUUAAAUGGCCUGGAUCACCUUUUGUCGGACUACAACAGCAACAUCAAUUUGAAUUUUAGUUUGGUGCAUGUGAGAAAAACCAAUAUAUCGUCCGGUAUUGUUGGCUGGUAUCGUGCUCUUGGUGAGUUUAGGCCGAUUCAAAAUACAUCUUCACUGGAUUCAGUUAUUGCUGAAAGGCCUGAGGUUGCAGCUUUUUUGACUGUCGAAUUAAUCGAGGAGGUUAAAGCCUACGAAAACUUGGAUGAUUUUGAAGUUAUAUACACGUUUUUUGCGAAUGAUAAUCUAUUUAACGAAAACAAAAAAGUCGAUAAUGCUAGUUGGGUGGUCAGCAUAGAUAUACCGGAUUUUAAUUGUACCUUCAGUUCCUACAUGUAUGUUAUUAUAAAGAAGAGUUUGAAAAUGGGCGCCAACUUCUCUUGUGCUUAUUGGGCAUACGGAAGGACCGAUGAAAUGAACAUAAGGGGAUCGUGGUCGAUCGAUACGAGCAAUAUUUUGGAAGUAGACGCUGACUAUUUGGUGUGCGGGUAUGAUCACAUGACCCACUUUGGAAUGUUACUCGAUGAGCAGGUGAAAGACACUUGGUUGGCUACUAUAAUCGCUAUAGCAGGAUUUGGAUUGUCUUCUACCGGAGUAGUGGCGGUUUGCGCCGUAUCGUGGAUAAACAGAAAUACACUGGAAAGAAAAAAUAGCAUUCUCAUCAUCAUGUUCCUUAUAAGUACACUGCUGCUUCCUUUAGCUUUGUUUAUAUCGGGCUCUGUGAAAGGCCAUUGUUCCUGUAUUAUUGCAGGAAUGUUUCUUCAUUAUUCUAUACUAUCGCAAUCCAGUUGGUCUCUAAUUUUUGCGCUCUUUCAAUACCGUCGUUUCGUUGUCGUUUUUAAUUCUUAUAAUAAUCGAACCAUAAUCAAAUCUUGCUUGGCUGGCUGGCUUCUGCCUGCAUUUCCGGUAAUCUUGGUUGCUCGGAUUUCCCUGGAUAACUACCACAGAAACAACGCGAAUAUUUGUUAUUUGUCCUCAUUUCUUAUUAAAGUAGCAGUGAUACUUCCUUUAGGAUGCAUUUUAGCCGUAAACACUUAUAAUUUAUUUAAAAUUGUUCACACAUUAGUUAAAAACAAUCAGGAUGAUAUGUGCUGGAAAAUAGCUAAGCUUACUAAUUAUUUGUUUUUUCUUUUCGGCUUGUCUUGGAUUUUCGGUUUUAUAGCAGUUUUUUCUGAAUUUCAACUUUUUAAUUAUAUUUUUAAUUUUUUGAAUUCUAUUCAGGGAUUUGUUAUAUGCUUAUACUUUAUAUCCACUUCAAACUACAAGUUCAGGCAAUAUCGUGACUCUAUUAGUUGCUCAUCGAAACAAUCCUAA